AUGGGGUCGAAACUGUUUAUCGGUGGCCUAGCAUGGCAUACCGACGACCAAACACUGCGCGCAAAGUUCGAGGAGUUUGGCCAGGUCGAGGAAGCAAUCGUUAUUAAAGAUCGCGACACCGGCCGUAGCCGUGGCUUCGGAUUCGUGCGUUUCGCAGAAGAUGCCGCGGCUGAUUCAGCGAUCGCCGCUAUGAACAACGUGGAAUUUGACGGUCGCACCAUCCGCGUCGACAAAGCUUCCGAGCGUGCGCAAGGCGGCGGCGGAGGUGGCUCAGGUGGUGGAUUCGGCGGCGGUGGUAGAGGUGGUGGCUACAGCGGUGGCGGCGGCUACGGAGGCGGUCGUGGCGGUGGAGGCUACGGAGGUCAAGGCGGCGGUCAAGGUGGUGGCUAUGGUGGAGGCGGUGGAGGUUACGGUGGUCAGGGUGGCUUCUCUGGUGGCGGCAACAACUGGCGUGGAGGUGGAGGUGGCGGUGGCUACCAGCAGCAAGGCGGCUACGGUGGAGGUGAGUGA